GGAUUGCUAGCCGUAGCCAGAAAUGCGCAAUGGCGGCUUUCUGAGAGCAAAAGUGGACUUCAGUUAUAGCGUUCAUAGCUUCAACUUUUCUUUCUGUGUAAACAAGAGCACUGGGUUGACUGUGAGACAGCAGGCUUUUCGUCGCUUCGUCUGUGAUGGUCCCAAUUGCUAGAUACACAAUUGCUGAGCUUUGUGUGAUUCUUUAGAGCGGGUAGCUAUGGCUUCCCUCGUAGCCGAUUACGGAUCAUCGGAGUCAGAUUCAGCGGAGUCUGACGCGGAAUCUGUGCAAGACAACAGGGGGGACAGCGAUGACAAUACUGAGCCCACGGGCACGGCGGAAAGGGCGAGGCUCCCCGGCCCCUUCGACCAGCCCGGGGAAGACGCCUCCAGCAGCUCUGUGUUCAGAAACCCCUUCAGGGAAGAAGAAAACGUACAGUCGGCCAUUUUCGAGCGGCACGUCAAGAUGACUGUUCCCGUGAGCCAGCAGACGCAGGUUGAGGGGAAGAAGAUCUGCUGGAACUAUCGCAAGGGCCGCUGCAGGUUUGGCCACAACUGCAAGUAUUUUCACGACAGCGACGUCCCCACGCAGCUCGUUCCUCCCGCCGACACGGUAACCGUAGUUGCAGACACGUUGGACGCCGACGCCUGCUCUCAGUCCCAGCCCGCUAAACCAAAGAACAAACGACCAGGCCUCUCUGACGGCGUGCAGCUCUCCAAGAAGGCCAUGAAAUUUUACCACAGGACAAAGACGUAACUUCUUUGCCCAGGAA